GGCAAUAAACGCGCAUCCUAGUAGUUGUUGAAGAUUUAAGGAAGUAGCUCAUCUAAAACAUUGACAGACCCGCCGAACACCCAUGUUAAAUACUGUUUUUUCUUCUCCCUAAUGGCGGAGUUAUAAAAAUCCCCCACGCUCUUCUUCUUGUUGGGUUCUCCGCCAUUGCUUUAGACGGAGUAAUCAAGAUUGUUGUUGCCACGCGAGCCCUUAAGCAAUAUUUAAACAGCAAUUCAAACCCACAGAGCAACCAGCCUGUUUAAUCAGCAAUUCAGACAGCCUGAAGGUUGCAGCAGUAUUGGGUGGAGAGUAGGGAGAAAUACAGUUGGUUCAGAAACAGAAAUGGCUUCUUUGGGAACUACCAAUCUGGUGACUAAUGUGGGAGCAAAUAAGAUGUCUUGGGCCAAAUCUGCGUGUGUUCGAAAUUCUCUUGCUUAUUGCUCUGAGCAAAAGGGUAGAGCAAGAGGAGUUACCAGAAGGGGGAGAAAGGCAGGAAAUGGAAGUGGAAGGCUGGUUGUGAGGGCCAAGAUAAGGGAGAUUUUUAUGCCUGCCCUGAGCUCCACCAUGACAGAAGGAAAGAUUGUGUCUUGGAUUAAGUCGGAGGGAGAGAAGCUAUCCAAGGGGGAGAGUGUUGUUGUGGUGGAAUCUGACAAAGCUGACAUGGAUGUGGAGACGUUCUAUGAUGGGAUUCUGGCUGCCAUUGUGGUGGGCGAAGGAGAAGUCGCUCCGGUGGGAGCUGCCAUUGGCAUUUUGGCUGAGAAUGAAGGUGAGAUCGAUGAGGCCAAGACUAAGGCUUCUUCGAUCUCUGGUGGAGGAGGUGGAGCACCUCCACCAGCGCCAGAGGUCGCUGCUCCCUCCCCUCCUGCAGCACAAGCUGCUUCGACUCCACCUGUUACACAGACUGUUGCUGCUCCUUCACCUCCACCCCCAUCUUCAGGCCCCAGGAAAAUUGUAGCUACCCCCUAUGCCAAGAAACUGGCUAAACAGUACAAGAUUGAUCUGGCUAAUGUUGUGGGUUCUGGACCUAAUGGACGAAUUACAGCCUCCGACAUUGAGAAUGCAGCUGGUAUAACAGCAGCACCUGCUCCAUCUGUUAGUGCUGUGGUUAAAACUGAACCAGCCCCUGCUGCUGUUGCUGCUCCGAAACCUGUGGCUGCUCAGAGCACAGUUGUCUUGCCGGGAACCACAGUACCUUUUACCACGAUGCAGGUGGCUGUGGCGAGAAAUAUGGUGGAGAGCCUUUCAGUUCCUACAUUCCGGGUUGGGUACUCUAUCACCACAGAUGCUCUGGAUGCGCUCUACAAGAAGGUCAAAUCCAAGGGGGUGACUAUGACUGCUCUACUAGCAAAGGCAACUGCAAUGGCAUUAGCACAGCAUCCGGUUGUCAACUCAAGCUGCAAGGAUGGCAAAAGUUUAACAUAUAAUAGCAGCAUAAAUAUUGCAGUUGCAGUUGCAAUAGAUGGAGGACUUAUAACUCCUGUUCUUCAAGAUGCAGAUAAGGCGGACCUGUAUUUACUUUCUCAAAGGUGGAAGGAGCUUGUUGAGAAAGCUCGUGCAAAGCAACUUCAACCUCAUGAGUACAAUUCAGGAACCUUUACUCUAUCUAAUCUUGGGAUGUUUGGAGUAGACAGAUUUGAUGCAAUUCUUCCACCAGGACAAGGUGCAAUUAUGGCUGUUGGAGGAUCAAAGCCUACAGUCACAGCAACUGGAGAUGGGUUCCUUGGCGUGAAAAGUAAAAUGCAGGUGAAUGUAACUGCAGACCACAGAAUAAUAUAUGGUGCUGAUUUGGCUGCCUUCUUGCAAACAUUUGCAAAAGUUGUUGAAAACCCAGAGGCACUUACAUUAUAAGGGUAUGGUUUGAAUUUUGACGUCUUCUGUGUAUGUGCUGUCUUUUGGGGAGAUUUUUUAUCAUUCAGCAUAUUGAAUGCUGGCAAUGCGCUAGAGAAAGAUUGCAAUAAAUCUGCGACAUAUAGAGAGACUAUUUGUUAUUUGGAAUUUUCUUUUUGUAGAAGCUUCAUUUUUGGGACUCAAAUUUGUCUUUCUAGACAAGUAGUAUGAAACUCUACAUCUUUUGGCAAAUGCUAUAAAGGUGGAUAAAGUAGCUUCAGUUUACCUCGUGGCUGCCAUUGUGGUCAACAUUUUUUGUAUUCUGCAAUUUUAACAAGCCUAGUUUGAUCUAUUUAAAUUAA